AUGCAGCCCACUUGCAACAGCACUACGCCUCAAGUGGAUAUCCUCGUUGCGGACCCUUUCGUAUCCUCCUCAUCCUCCACUAGCACUGGUCUGUCCUCAUGGCCCGAGCUCAAACACCUCAACGCUGCUGUAACUUUCGUGCCACUGGAAAAUGAGGCCCAGCUACGCAAUCGGAAACGCCAGCGACCAUGUGCUCCAUCGUCACCCUCGUCACCAUUUUCCACGUCUGGCGACCUCAAGCUCGACUUUGCAGGCUUCGAAGUGGGCGGCAACGCCACGUCUGCUGUCAUGUCCUCUGAUCCAAUGUCUGCUAUCAUGACGUAUUCUACCACGUCCAAUGACUAUAGCAACCCGGACGACUACUUGGUUGAUGACGUGCUGACAUUUCUCAAGAGCUUGCAGCUCGUGCAGGACUCAGCGGCUCUGGCGCUGGCUGCGCAGCACCUUGCGCAGGACGGGUUCGACUCAGUACUCGCUCUGGCUUUCGUGUCCGUGAAUGAGCUGCAGCGUGCCAGUAUCGUCGAUGCCCAGCUCGUAUGGCAGCAAGCGCGUCGCAGCUUUCAAGCUCGACGGUUCCAGGGACCUGGCAUGUUGUCUCCGGUCUACACGGUGUCUCGUUGGCUGGAAAUGUGCCGAAUUCCCAAAGAGGAUAGUUUCAAGUACGCAGAGUAUCUGCGCCGUCUGGGCUAUUCAUCCAUGCGCGACCUCGAGUUCAUCUUGCACGACCAGCGUGCCCUCGGUGUCUUCAAGACUGGUCACAACCGUCUUUUGACGCACUACGUCGCUGCCGCCGUCAACCAGCAGCAACAGCUGCAGGUCAUCAACUACUCGUUCGGGACACAGUGCCCCAACGUGUACAGCGCUGGAUCUUCGAGUGCGCUGCUACAGCCGCUAGACAUCCAACGCGAGAACGAAAUUGACGUGCAGGCCUAUGAUAGCUUCUUGGAGGCGUUGAUCGAGCCGACGGAUGUCGAGACAAUGCAGCAACAGCACUACUCUGCACCUGACAAUCUGUCCCUAGGCUGUGAGAAUGACGCAAAUUGCGCCAACCUGCUGGGUACGACAGACAUGUUCGGCAAUCAUGUGAGCUUUGGUGGUACUGCACUGCCAAUGGCGCCCAACAUGCCGCUUCGUCUGCUUCUGCAGGAUCAUCUGCAGCUGUUGUACGAAGCGGUAAACCUGCCGCGUCCAAACCCGUGUCGCCGCGGCAAGAAGAUUUACUGGUCAGUACUUGCCACGGGUGGAAUGAAGGAAGAUCGAUUCGUCCCAUUGACUCAGUUUACGGCUAUUGAGUUGCAGAACGCGUACCUCCGUCAGUUCAAACUGCCGGCUGGUAGUCCGGUAAAGAUGGAUGCUUGGAGUGAUGACAAUAUCCGACAGCUUGAGCAUGCCGUAAAGGAUCCUCGUUGUCGCCAUUUGUCAAAAGUUUGCUGGGAAAUGCUGGCCACUGGACGUACGGGCGUGGACGAGUACACGCCUCUAUCCAAGUUUACUGCGUCGCAACUACGAUCGCGCUUUCGCUCGUUGUUUGGUGACAAACGUCCGCAAAAGCUUCGACAAAGAAAGCAAAUGCUUAAGCUGCAGCAACAACAGGAGGAGGAACAGCAGCAGCAGCACGUGAGAAAUACCGAGCGAAUCGUGUGA